AUCCUGUAAACCAGAAGUCCUUCCUGAAAGAUGAACUGGUCCUGAGUGAUGCUCCCAGUAAAGACGAUGAAUCAAAACCUUCAGCUCUGUUGUGCUCCGUCCUGCAAGCUCUCGCCAUCCAAGGAGAUCUUCAUCAUAAGAUCAAACUCUUCAGUCAGGUGCUGAUGAAGAACAUGUUAAAGCCUUUGGUCAUGUACUCCUCUCUGUCGGUGAGGAUAUCAGAGCAGCAGGGCACUGGAACCAUCCUGGCCUUGCAGAGUUGUGAGAGCCACGAGGAGCAGUCCACUCCAUCACAAGUGUACAGGAAACUACUGCUGGUGCUGAAGACCCUGCACUCACACCUGCUGGAUGUGUCCAUUGGAGACAAAAAGCUCUCGAACAUCCUGGGGGAGUUGAUUUGGGAGGAAAUGUCKCAGUGUAUCAUCCACGAGUGCCUUGUGUACUCCAUCCCAACCAACAGCAGCCAGCUGGAACAGUACAUAACCGUGAUWAAAGAAACGGAGGAGUUUGAGAAGGCCCUGAAGCACAUGGAGUAUCUGCAGCGUGACUCCACAGACCUGCUCAAAUACGCCAGAGAUGUCAACUGUCACUUCGCCAGCAAGAAGUGCAGAGAUGUAAUUGUGGCGGCGCGCAAACUCAUGACCUCCAAGAUGCACAACACCGUUAAAAUUUGUCCAGAUUCAAAGGUGCGUUUUCCCAAGCUGCCUGCUCCAGGCUCUGAGGCGAAGGUGAAACAGGAAGCUGUGGAGGAGCUGGUGCUGGAGAACUCCCAGCAGCUGUGUGCUUCCAGCCUGCGCCUGCCAGCCUGUCGGAUCAGUGAGUGUGUGCAGCAGCUGAUGGAGCUGGCACACAACACCCUGUGUGAAGCUGUCAGCAGCUCCCCACAGUGUGCCUUACAGCUUUUCUUCACAGUCAGGAACAUUUUCCAGCUGUUCUGUGACGUUGUGCCUACAUACCACAAGGAAAGUCUGAAGUURCCUCAGUUAGCUGCCAUCCAGCACAACAACUGCAUGUAUUUGGCACACCACCUGCUCACCUUGGGUCACCACGUCAGAGCCCACCUUCCACAGACCCUGGGAGAAGGUGUUGCAACGUUUGUCGACAUGGUGCCUGGAUUCAGGAAGCUAGGYGCUCAGUGCUUCUUAGCACAGCUCAACAUCCAGAGAGCUGAUCUGCUGGAGAGGCUGUCCACUGCUCACAACUUCUGCAACCUGGAUGAUGAACACAACUACACUGCAGCCAGCAAGGCAGUGAGACAGGUCAACCACCAGCUGAGACAGCUGGGGACAGUGUGGCAGGAUGUCCUGCCUGUCAGCAUCUACUGUAAAGCCAUGGGCAAUCUCCUGAACACUGCCGUUUCAGAAAUUAUCAACAAAAUCAUGAUGCUUGAGGAUAUCUCCUCUGAGGAYGGGGAGCACCUCCACACUCUGUGCCAAAGCAUCAUCGAAGAGGGUCCGCUGGUCUUCAUCCCUCUGGCUGAAGACAGCAAGAAUAAGAAGUAUCAGGAGGAAGUGCCGCUGCACGUGAAGAAGUGGAGCACUUUCAAGGAGCUCGUCAUCGUGCUGCGAGCAAACCUGCAAGAGAUCGUUGAUCGGUGGGCUGAUGGGAAGGGUCCACUGGCGUUGGAGUUCUCCAGUUUGGAGGUGAAAAGUCUCAUCCGAGCCUUGUUUCAGAACACGGAGCGGAGAGCUGCUGCUUUGACCAGAAUCAAAUAAUUCUCCAACAAAAAGGGCGAUGGAGUUUAAUCCAACCUAAACUUYAUUUACUUCCAAAGGUUCCAGUUCUGAUGUUGUUUCACAGAAUUCAUGUCUAAAAAACUGGUGAUAAGAUCUGUAAUUACUAACAAGUUUUUAUCUAAAAUACMUUAGGCUGAACACUUCCACUAUGUAUUAUGUAUUUAUUUUUGUUCCAAUAAACUUUUCUCCUUUUAAA